GUCAACUUAGUGGCAUUUCAAAUUACACGUUAGUUUUUUUUUUUUUGGUUUUACACGAUUUUCCAUAUAUAUUAAUCCAAGCUUGAUAUCAUCGUGUUAUUUCUCAAUUUCUUUAAUUUGAUUAAAUUUACUGAAUUGUAACAUAAAUCCCGUCGCAUCUUCUAUGGAGAGGUUCCCUUGUUGAUAUCGAACGAUUAAUCCAAAUAAAAAAAACGAAAAAACCUCGUGCCUAACUGAAUUGUACCACGAAUCUUCAUGGAUGAUCAUGUUGAAAUGCCACCGGCACAAGAUUCGCCAAAGCACAUUCUGAACGCUUUGAAUGAUGAUUGCAUUCAGUCAAUUUUUCGUCAAAUGGAUUGCGUGCGAGACUUUUUGAGUGCAGCAGAAACAUGCCGUGGAUUCCAGGAAAAUGCGAAGCUCACAUUCCGGACAAAGUACAGAAAGAUUCGAGUUGGUGAAUUAUACAACAAAAGCGAUAACACUAAUACCGUAACAGUGAAUCGAUUGCCAAGUUUGCUCAACAUCUUCGGCCAUUUGAUUGUGAACAUUUAUUUCGAUGGAGAAGAACUCCAUAACGAUAUUCAAAAUAUGAUCGCCGAUCAUUGUGGAAAAACACUGAGGACAUUCAAAAUUUGUUCAUCCAAUGUGGUCAAUUUCAACACCCGAUCACCAUUUCAAGCGUUAGCCGAACUAGAAAUACUUGAUACAAACAUUCGCAAUUUUGAGUGUACGUCACAACUGAGGAGAUUGGUGAUAUGGGGAAGAGUCAGUGAUUGGGAAUGGCUCAUUCAACCAUUCCCGCAAUUGGAAAUUGUUACAUUGUAUGUCGUCCACGAAUUGCGAUUUGAUCAGGCCGUUGAAUUCUUAAAAUUAAAUCCACAACUGAAGAGCCUCUACAUUCGAUUGUGUAAACAAAUAACACCGCAAAUUUACGAAAACAUCGCCAAUCUGACACCAAAUCUGGAAAAGCUGUUCGUACACUUGCAUAGUUCAUCACCCAGUUUAAAUGAACACAUGCUGCACAUAGGCAAAUUGCAGAACCUAAGAUCUUUGGCUAUUACCGCGCGUGUUAUCAUUCCAGUAGGGAGACUAAUCGAAUGUCUUAUUGAAAACAAAGUGCUUAUAGAAUUUUUAGGAAUUUUGAAUGAUUAUACGCAAUUUUCCACAUCCAAAUUGAAUAUUUUGGAGUUGAAACAACUGAAAAAACUGUGUAUUACGCAAAUGUCAGAUGAAACACUCUUGGAAUAUGUUAAACAUUUACCGGCUUUGGAAGAAAUGAUCUGUGUGAAACAGGACAAUAUUAGGAGUAUUAGCCCGAAAAUAUCCUUAGCAGGUAUUAAGAAAGCCCUGAAAUAUGGUGAACACUUAUCGGCUCUUUCAGUCGAUACGAAAGACAUGACAAUAGACUCGGAUGAUUUUAAAUCGGUAUUGAGUUUAGCUAAGCAGAAUCGUGUUAAAGUGACAAUCGUCAUUGAAAACGGCACAAUCAAUGUACCAAACGAACUACUAGAAGCAAAUCGUAAAUGGCUUGAUGUUAUGGAAAAUUCAUUUCUAAAAAGUUUAAGAUGUCAACUGAAUAUUGACACUUGGUUUGAAUAAACAAAAACAAAUGGAAAAAAAAUUGUUUUCAUAUUAGUUUAAGCACUUCGAUACGUAAAGAUGCAGACUGCAAUUUCUCUGAAUUGUUACACUUUCUUGAAAAUGAAGAAAUAAAAAUUAAAAAUAGAAAGAACAUUUAAACCGACAUAACCAAAUUGUUUGCUGCCAAACUUUGUCUCGCUCACGCCAACUGUCACACUGACUUGUUCGUAUACGAAUUGCUGUUAGCGUAAAAGAGAGAAUUGUUCGCAGUAGACUCAGUUUAGUUGUUCUUUAAUACGAAUUUUGUUUUCGUA